AUGAGUUCUUCCUCUUCUACAAGCCCUCAAGCAACCUCUCAAGGAGAAACAAUGGCUCCACGACGUCUCGCUGACUACAUCGAGCGCAUCAAGGAGGCUGACAAGACUUCAUCGCAGACUACCGCUCGCCCUUUCAACAACGGCACAGCAACACAGCCUCCUAUUAUCCGAGGUCGAGUCAACCGCAUCCUAAUAUUCCCCGGAUCCUUCAACCCUCCUCACCAAGGUCAUCUUGACCUCCUCAAGCAUGUUUUCUAUAAUGCAGGGGCAGACCUCAAUAUCAUCGCAGCUAUCAUCAUUACCACUGACGAUGAGAGACUGAAGAUGAAAAUGGAUGGGAGAGAGUCUGGUAUUGUUCUUUCUCGUGAGAAGCGAGUGAACCUCUGGCAUGGAGACGGCAUUCCUGUUGACUGGGCAUGGGCCUACGAUAACUCUGAAGCCAGCUGGCCAGGAUUCCGUGCCAAGCUUGUCAAUGCGUUGAAGAGGGAUAGAGUAGACCUCAAGUUCACUCUUCUCCUCGGUCCAGAUGCCAUUACUGCAGCUGGCGGCUAUAAUCCAGUUGGCUGGAACUGUGGCGACGCUAUCACCAGUGAUAUCUCUCGCCCUGUCGACUUUCGCUAUCCCAACAGUCUUCGACAACUCGCGGGCUGCACGCCCUGGGUAAACCUCCAGGAUGGCCGACCUCGCUUCGACAACAGAAUCUCGAUCUGUCGCCAGAACCGGGUUCGGCCCAGGGGCACUAUCCGAUUCGUGCCUUGUGAUCUGGACCGACGACCUCAAGAUGCGCCUAGUUCGACAAAGAUUCGAAAGAUCAUUGAGAGCUCGCCCCAGGAAGAAUGGGAGGAGAAGCUAAAGAGUAUCGCACUCCACCCGAAGCUUUUAGUUGAGUACCUGAAGGAGCUCCCUCCGCCUACAAAGCCUGCCGCCGAGUCGAAGGAAGAUCUGGCGAAGAAGCAGUGGGAAAGCAUUGUUUGGUAA